AUGAUCACCGCCGCCGACCUCCUCCUCCAUGCCCGCGCCGAGAUCGACUUUCCCGGCGGCGACAACGAUACCGACACCUUGAUUGGUGGCGUGCACUACAACAAGACCACGCUCGAGCACUUCAACUACACUCUCUUCGACAACCAGACCUUGUCCAACGGCAGCAAAUGCUGGCUCGUGCAGGAGCCCUAUGCGCCUCCGCUCUUGUUACAGAAUGGCACCUUUAUCAACCACACCAACUGCUACUACCCCGUUGACCCGAUCGGCGAGCGCGGCUUUACUGGCAUCGGCAUGGCAUGCGCAUUCGGCAUCGCCCUUGUCCUCAUCCUCACGGUUCUAGCCAAGCACGGACGGCAUUAUCUUCCCACGGAGAAACGGUUCACUCCCAUCGGACGGAGGUGGCAAUGGUACUGGGGUUGCUUCGUCUGCGCCUGCUCGCUCAUCAGCCUGUUCCUCAACGUCGAAGUCGACCGGUACCGCGUGCAGCAGCUGCCCCUCAUCGUGACGAGCUUCUUCUGGUACUUGAUGUGCAUGGGCACCACGUGUGUCGUGUGGGAAGCGGUCCGCCACUGGGGCAGCUGGCUCGAGAGGCAGUACAUUGAUCCCAACCCGUUCGCCCUGUCCGAGGAGGAUCGGCGCGCCAGGGUCGAGUUCUUCCUCCCGCUCAUCUUCUACUUUCUGACAUGGAUGAACUUUUUCAUGGUCAUCCCCCGCAGCUGGACGUUUGCCCAGAAGCAGCGCUACCCGGAGCAGAUCGAGAACGUCGCGCGAGUGGCGGCGACAAGCAUCCGAUUCAAGGUUGGCGCGUUCUUCCUCUUUGCCGCCUGGUUGGUCAUCUGCUUCUCACUGUGGCACUCGAUCAGGCACUACAAGCCCCGCAACCGCGGGAUCAUCAACCGCGGCGUUGGCCUCGUCAAGGCGAUUCCCCUGCGCUUCCUUUUACUGAUUCCCCUCCUUCUGAGCGUCAUUGGGUAUCAGGCACUCAUCUCCUUUGACUUUGACUACUCCGUCAUCAAGAAGGAUGGACCUGUCCCCAUCAUCUAUGGCUGGGGGUACGGAGCGCAGCUCCUCAUCCUGAUCGUCCAGAUCGCCUACGGCUACGCCAGCCCCAACGAGGACAAGGAGCUCAUCAGGCAGAGAAGGGUGCGCGGCGAGACCCUGGACAGGGAGUUGGGUCUCGUCCGCAAGCCUGCCUGGUGGCGCCGCGUCAAGGGGGAGCACAUUGUCGGGACCUUCCGCGACAAGCUGCUCAAGAACGUCCAAGAAGUUGGCCAGGGACGGGGUGUCGGGCGCCGGGCCGAGGGCGACAUGGAGCGGGACAUCCGUGAGAACAUGGAGUCCGAGGCUCGCCAGGACGACGGCAUCAACAUCGAGAUGAGCAACUACGGCCGCAGAAAGAGGAACAACAGGGAGGAGUGGAAUCCCCGUGCCGACUUGGCUGGCGUGCACAGCAUGGACCGCGGGGACGAGCUGGCCUGCGGGAGCAACCCCGAGAACCAGCGUGUUCUAGACAUGGCCUCGAGCUUGCUGUUCCCCGAUCCCGCCGAGGUCGAGCGCCGGGAUCGCGAGGCUGAAGCAGAGCGUAUCCGCCGACUCGCCUACCUCCAGGAGGACGGACCCCCGCCAGACUACAGGGACGUGCGUGGCAGGGGUUCGACGAGCAGCCAGCGGCCCGCGACGAGCGAGCGCAGUAACAGUACGGCCACGAGCAAUUCGAUCAAUGCGCCGCCCACCAAGGUGCGAAGCAUGUUGGAUAUUUGA